AUGGCGCUCCGAAACUAUGUGCAGCGGCGGAACCACAAGGAGCGCAGCCAGCCGGAAAACCGCAAGCGGCUGGGCCUCCUGGAGAAGCACAAGGAUUAUGUAGAGCGUGCGCGUGCGCACCAUAUCAAGCGCGACAAGCUCAAGCGCCUGCGUGAAAAGGCCGCCAACAAGAACGCCGAUGAGUUCUACACCGGCAUGAUUGGCAAAAAGACGCAGCAGGGUGUGCGCGUCGACUCGCGCGGAAACGAGGCGCUGCCGAACGAUGUCGUGGCUUUGCUCAAGACGCAGGACGCGGGAUACCUGCGCAAGCAGCUCGUGUCGGAACGCAAGCGCUACACGGCGCUCGUCGAGCAGAUUGCGCCGCGCGUGCCCGGCAUGCGUGCGGAAUGGCUCGAGCGCAAGCCCGAGUUUGUCACGACGCUGCGCCGCGCUGAGCUGCUGGGCGACGUCGCGACUUCGGCCCCGGCUCAAAAGCCCAAAACGCGGCUGAACAGCUUUGGGAAAAAGACCCUGUGGGUCGACGAUGUGGAUGCCUUGAAAUCGACCGCCAAGGCCCAUCGCGCCAAAGACGAGGCUGCGCCAGUGACGCCUGCCGAAAAGACCGGUGAGCGCCAGCUCGGCAUUCUGAUCCGCGAGCUCGCCACCCGCCAGCGCCGGAUGGACGCCCUGGGCGAGGCCGCACAGAAGCUCGAGACGGUGCGUGCGCUGAUGAGCACGCGCGGCUCGCACGCCGUGCCGAAGAAGCAAGUGCGUGAACUAAAGGACGCCGUAUCCAAGAAUGGUGCGCGUAUUACACCGCAUGGACUGGUCAUCGAUGCGGAUGAGGACGAUGCGCCCCAGUCUACCCAGACUAAGAAACAGUACAAGUGGUCGAACGAGCGGAAGAAGUGA